UUAAAAUUUUAACUUGGAGGACUAUUUAGAAUAUGUUUUAAAAUAUAAAAUAUUGAAUCAAACUUUUGUCCAGGGAAAAGAGCGGGGAGGGUUUUAGAAGGAUUAGCUAUAAAAAGCUAGCUAGGGCUCAGCUUUGACAUUUUUGCAAAGAAUCAGCUUAUUAAUUUUAUUUUCCACAAGCUUCCUCUCUCUUUGAUUUCUCAGUCUACGUAGCUCUUUAAUCAGUUUAAGCCUUAAGAAGUAUUUGAACCAUGCCGAAGAAUAAGGGAAAGGGAGGAAAGAAUACGAAGAGAGGAAAGAACGAAGCAGACGACGAGAAACGUGAGCUUGUGUUUAAGAAAGAUGGACAAGAGUAUGCUCGAGUGCUUCGUAUGCUCGGAAACGGACGAUGUGAAGCCAUGUGUAUUGAUGGCACUAUGCGUCUAUGCCACAUCCGUGGUACGAUGCACAAGAAGGUUUGGAUUGCAGCCGGCGAUAUAAUUCUCGUCGGGUUGCGUGACUUCCAGGAUGACAAAGCUGAUGUUAUCUGGAAGUAUAGGCCGGAUGAAGCUAGGCCUCUCAAGGUUUAUGGUGAACUUCCGGCUCGUCUUGGCGAGGAGGAUGAUGGUCCCGGUGAUCAUUAUAUUGAGUUUGAGGAUGAAGAUAGCGAUAAAACCUAGAGCUUUAAAACUGACUAUUCUCUUUUUGUUUUUUUAUGUUAAUUUAUCAUGUGAGAUGGUUCAUGAGAGUUUAUAAUAUUUUACUUGAGUUUGUGAUUGAUAAAUUGGUU